GGCUGGGAAAAACCUCUCCUUAAAUACAGUUUAGCCGGAGGCUUCAACCAAUCAGCAACGUGCUUUUUUCCCGCCAAAACGUUUAAAGAUACAUUACAGUAUUGAUGCUUUUGAAUUUUGGUGUUGGAGAAGAUUCCUGAGAAUAAGUAGACAGCCAAGAAAACAAACCAAUAGAUCACUGAAUAAAUGAACCCCAAGGUCUCACUUGAGGCACAAAUGACCAGACUCAAAUUAUCCUACUUUGGAUAUAUCUAGCUCUCUAGAAAAGACUCUAAUGCUAGGAAAGGAGGAAAGAAAGAAGAGGAUGACUAGCAGCCAUGGACCCAAAUACAGUGAUGACAAAUGCACAGUAGUAAAACCAGGUUAGGGGCAAAUUGUCAUGGAGAAAAUCUAUCUGUGUGGUCACUAAGAAUAAAAAAUGAUUUGAUGGUACAUUAACAGUCACUAUAUAUACUGUCCAGGGACAGUUUGAGAUGGUUAAAAUCAAUCAAUAAAUAUGAUGUUUACAUGUUCCAGUGUUCAUAUCAUCUCUUCAUGCUUCAGAUAGUUACUUUUUAAUACUAGUGCAAAAUCUGUGGCAAUGGCAAUACAAAGAGAUAAGCCAUUUUGAAAAUAGUAAAAAGGAGAGUGACUUAAGCAAAAACCUUGAGGUUUUUGCCAAGCAGCUGUGCAGCUGUUACCAAUGGGAAAGGAAAACCGUGGUCAGAAAGAACUUCAGUUGAGUUUGUCAGUUACAAACACACAUUUUCAGAAGCAUCCUUGUUCCUUGAAAUGAUGCUGUGGACUUUCCAAGUGAACUUGGCCUGGAGGCCAUUUGGACAUCUCUUGAUCAUUGCAGUUCUCCAGCUUCUGAUAUGUGAGUAAAAUUUUCAGAACUUCUUUGGGAAAAAAGAAAGAAAAACAAUUGGAAAAACAUAGGUGAGUUGCAUAAAUAAGACAAUGGUGUUGGAAGACCUGUAAAAUUCUGUGAAUGAAGAAAAGUGACUGCACAAGGAGAGGGAAAGGAACUAUAUUUUUUAUGGAAAAAGAGAUAAAUCCCAGUCAACUUCCAAAAACAACAAUAAUCUUAAUAAUGCACUAUCAUUUCUGUAGGGGAAAAUAGUCUUCUAAACUAGUUUUGUGCAUGCAUCUUUAUAAUAAACCAUUUCUUUGGAUAAUAGGUCACCACUCCUUAGGUCUAUUUUCAACUCUGACACCACCACUCUAUCUGGAAAUAAAUGGUGAAAGAAAGACCCUGUUUGUAUGUUUGGUGAAUGAUGUCUCGGAGAACUCACUGGGAGUCAUUUGGUUUUCCAAUGGAAAUGGGAGCAUGUUAGACUCUUACACUUAUGGAAUUUUCAAGGAAGAAGAUGGCUCUUUCAGCGCAAUCGCACAAAUUUCCAUACCCAGCAAAGAAUUUGAAUCAUGGAAUAUUGUCAUUUGCUCAGUUGCACAAAAUCAAAACUCAAGAAUAUGGAACACUAUUUCUCUACAAAUCUCUGAAGAGCAACAUAUGGAUGAUCUAUGUCUGUAUGAAAGUCAAGGAGUGGAGGAACAGAUGUUGUCUACUGAAAUUCUGCAUAAUCGCACACAAGAAUUACAUCUUCUGGCCAUCAGAACUUUGCUGUUCAAGUUCCUAAUGUUUAAUGUACUGAUGACCUGCUGCAUCCUUUACAAAAGAUAAGCAAAACUGUAGUGCAUUGUUACUAUAAGCUCAAAUUAUUAAAAAAUGAAAAUAACUGCUAAGGCUAUUUUUAAAAUGCAUGAAAUGCUUCAAAGAAUCUGGAUCAGACUGCUUCAAACAGCAAUGAACUGAAAUUGAACACCUGUUUAUCAGAUAUGCUAUGAAUGUAGCACAAGGUAGAUUACAGCACCCUUGAAGUCACUUCCAAUCCUAUUGUUUUGUGAUGUCCAUUCAGAAUUCCACAAUCAUAAGAAAGUAUCCAGUUAUUAACUCCCAGGUUCCAGCAACUGGAUGAUGAAGGCAAUCUUUGUCAAAACUUUUAAUAAGGGAGAACUCUGCAUUUGAUGACCUCAAGACAUAUCGGACUGAUUCCAUGUUGCUGCUUAAUUAGAAUUAAUGCAAUGUAAGAAUUUAAAAUGUGCUUAUUAAACCAUGUAUGAUUCAUUAAAGCAUCAUCAACAUCUUUUUUUCAGGCUUCUGUGGAAGUUUGAAAAAAGAUGAACAUGCAUUAAGGCAGUGUUUCUCAAUCUCAGCAACUCUUAAGAUGUAUGGACUUCAACUGCCAGAAUUUCCCAGCCAGCAUCCCCCUUUCUCCAUUCUGUGGGUCCCUUAGUCACUUGGGGUAGAGAUGGAUGCUUUGUUCAUUGGUGCUUUUUUCUCUCUCAAUAAAAGCUUUGAUGUCCUUGCUUGAGGUGUUUUUCUUUUCAUGAGCCAUUUUGCAGGGAGCAUCCUAAGAAUUGGGGAAAUGGAGAAGGGAAUGAAAUCCUUUUUAGUUCUCCCAUUGGCAUCUUAUCUUCUGCCUUUUAUGCACCUGCAGGGGAAGGAAGGAAAACUGGUUGCUAGAAAGUAUUCUUAGAUUAGAGUACUACAAACAUGGAGAUUGUUGAAAAAAGAAACAUGGAAAAAUGACAAAACAGGUAGAGGCAACUGGAAUGAGAGGAGUAAAUUUUUGUGUGGAUCAGGACUUGGCAUACUGCUAGGUUUUUUUUCCUUCUCUCCAUUUUCCUCCCUUACCCUCACUAUUGUCUCUCCUGCCAACAGGGAAGGAGCUAAGUCUAAAUAUUAAGACCCCUUUCUAACAUUAGCUUAGUACAAUAGUGCAGUAGCUUAUGAAAUGCCAGGCAUUUCCUGGAGAAAGUACAUGACAGUUCCAUAUUCCCAACUGCUGACUUGUGACCCAGUUAAUAUGACUGCAUGCUGCCAGAUAUACUGGCAAAGAUAAGUAGGUCAACAACUAUUUGUUAUCAUUUGUAUCACAGUAAUAUGACAAAUGAAGAGUUAGAAAAAUGAAUUGAGGGCAGGCAUCUGCAGAUUAGGAAACCUAAAGUUUACACUUGUAGUAACCGUAGAAUAGUAACCUAUUUAAUUGUGGCAUAGGGAGAUUUCAGUUUUAGUGCUACAAGCUUAUGGAACAAUUGUUUGACUUUUAGUUUUCCUCAACAUCCAAAAUACUUUUACACAAUACAGUGGAUCCAAAAACAGCUAAUCACAUUUUAAUUUAGCAGACUAUGCAGAUACAGUCAAUAUGAUUAGAUUAAAAUUUAGUGUUUUAUACAAAGUCAGUAAAUUUGAUUAAUUAAAUCAAUUAUGGCUAGAUUAAUUAUGAGUAAGCAUCUUCCACAAAUAUAGCUACAUGCCUAUAAUGGGAGAGCCCCCUACAUCCUUCCAAAUGACCUCAGCUUUAACUUCCACCAACUCCAGCCAGCAUUGUCAGUUGUGGAGUCAGUGUGCAUUGCGAGGUACAAAAUCUGAACAGUAAUUCGGCCCUGUAAAUCCUUGGUCAGACAACUGAGUCAACUGUCAACAGUUUUCAAUACACAUACAAAGCAAGAGGAAGACAUAACCUAAUCAAGAGGAAGACUUAACCUAAUCAAGAGGAAGACAUAACCUAAUAUGGCAGUUGGGGAAAGAGAUAACCUAAUAUGGCAGUUGGGGAAACAGAUACUUAGGAUAACAAUACCUGCUACGUGACAAUUGUAUAGUCAUGCUUUACCUGUUUGCUACUCAAUAAAAGGUGUGCGCUCAGAGCAAUCUGGGCUCACCCCAUCCAGAGAGAACCAUGGUGUCUGAGUCUUUAUUG